UUUUGUAUAUUACGUUCUAAUGAUGAAAUAUUCAGCUCACAUUUUCUAAAUCUCAAAAAUGUCAUACAAUCAUCACAAUCAAUCGCAGGGCUAUGUUCCAUCAUACAAUUCCCAAAACACAGGAGCCGCUUAUAUGGCACGUAGAGGUUGGGGAAAUGAAAGUGAUAGGAAUACUACUAUUUCAUUUUCCUCAAAAAGCAGUUCCAAGCGAAUAUACAUAACAUUAUUCAUUAUGGUUGUUCUUCUUCUUAUUGCUGCGAUCGUUAUCAUAAUUCUUUUUGCGACAGGAGUAUUUUCUAGCACCGAUCCACUGCAAAAUCCAACGAGUUCUCCGAUUUUCAAUCCUACUCUUCGACCACCGAUAAAUAACAUACCAACAUUGGGACCUCCUAUAUUUUCACAGAACCAAUCUUACUCUGGAGCCUUCACCAUUUUAUACCAAGCAAGUAACGAUUUUGAUACAAAGAAUACAAAUAAUUACAACAGGGUGUUCAACUUAAUACAAAAUGCACUUGACAAUGUUUUUGUGACUUCCACUCUUCGUCCAUACGCUGCAAAGGCAACCCUCACAGACUUGCAGAACAGUGGGAACGACUUACAAGUGCUGUUCAGGGUUAAUAUGUUGGGUGGCGGAAAUGUCGACCAAUUUACAGUGGCUGAUGUUAUCAGAAAUAAUCUCAAUCAACUACGGACUCUGCUCAACGGAAACGCUCCAAUCGAUCCAAAUUCAGUCUUUGUUUUUAGGCAGUUUACUUGAAUCGAUUUGUUGGUGUAAUAUGUGAAAUCAUAGAAAUUUCGGGUUAAACGAAGAAUAAAAUAUUCAUUACCAAU